CCCAUCCUCCUCUUGUCUCCUCCCUGCUGAUUGUUCUAGUCUCUCUUCCUGACAUAAAUAUCAUUGUUGUUCAGAACCGAUUAAAUAAAGAAAAAUAGAAUCUCCAUGCUAACGGUUGCUAACCCCACCCCACAAGGUGAGCCAAUCGUAGAAGAGGGGGUCGUGUCUUCAGCGUCAGUCACUUGUCAGCCAACCAACCACCAGCAAGAGAGUCCCGCCUCCACUCUGCCAACCAGCCAAUCAGACGAUCACUUCCUGACCACGCCCGACGGCGAGGACGGCGACAAGGACAUCUCCGCGGCAACGGGAGAGGAAGGAGAGGGGCUUAAACAUAGAAACCCCGCCCCCAAGAAAGACCUAUUGGAGAUCGACCGCUUCACUAUCUGUGGAAACCGCAUCGACUGACACACACACACAAUUGACUGGCUGAUACCAUGGCAACAAGAGACUGGCCAGGGGUUAAGAGGUCGUGCACUCAGAUGGACUCGCAAGACUGAACUCUGGGUAUUUUAUUUAUUAACAACGCGGCUGUUAUGUCAGCUGUCGUAGUGAGGUCGUAACACUACGUGAAGCUCCUUAAGGACGAUGAAGCGUUCAGAAGACACUCUGAUGAUGAUGAUGAUGAUGAUGGUGUUUAACACAAACUGACUGGUUGGUUUUUCCUCUAAAGAUGUUUUGUCAAUUUGUAAAAAAAUUAAAAUAAGACAAAAAAUAUUCAUUUUAACAGUGCAUUUAACCAUUAAUCUGCUCCAGGAGAGUGAUGACAACGAAC